AGAAACUCAGCGGUUAAUGGUGGACGGCUGUUUCCGUCGAUGAGACCACAACUCCACUGUGUAACAAAAUAAAAUAAUAAACUCCUUCCCUUGACCGGUGACCGUACCAACCGGUUCGAAGUUGGAACCAUGAGAGAGAAAAUGUUUAUAUAUUCCAUCAUCUCAUAAAUUGGGUCUGCACUUUAUGUUCCUUUUGGAUCCUCUCACAUCUCUCUUUCUUUCUCCGGUGUCAUGGAAUCCGGUAGUGCCCGAUGUUUAUAUUCCCUCCGGUUCUGAAAUCAUCAAAUGCAACUACCAAACCUCGAGAAGCUUCCUUCACACACUUCCUUCUGUGAGUUUCCUUCUCUUCUUCCUUCUCGGUCGCCGGACAACUUCUCCGGCGUAACCACGGUUACCGGAGUAUCUUCUAAUUAUUUUUUCCCUCUCUUUGCUUCUAUUCCGCGCAGUUUCCUUGUUCUUCGAACAAGCUCUUUCUCAUUCCAUCACCACAACUUCCGAUAUUGCAUCUUCAACUGUUUUGGUUACAUUUUACGCGUAAUAACUGAUUGUUUCUUUCGAUUGGAACCAUCGCUCGAAGAGAAUCUCCGGUGACGUCGAAGCAAUAUUAGUUUACUGUAUGUAUUAGUUCGGAUUAAUAAUAAUAAAGCGCAUAAGUGAUAACAACAACAAAAAAAAAAGAAUAUCUGAGUUGAAAAAUUGCUAGAAGAAGAUUAAACGCGAUGUUGGAUCUUAAUCUGACUGCCGAGUCGACUCAGAACGACGAGUUGCUGGUGCUGUUGGACAAGUUUCCUGAAGCUUCGUCGGGAACUUCGAAUUCCUCCAUCGUGAAUGCGGAGGGGUCGAGCAACGAGGACUCGUGCUCCACACGCGCCGGCGACGUGUUCACCUUCAAUUUCGGAAUCCUUAAGGUGGAAGCCGCGAAUGACGUCGUUGCCGCGGCGACGAAGGAGCUGUUUCCGGUGAGCUCGGAGAAUUGGCAGGGGCAGAGUUCGACGUCGUUGAUUCAGGCGAGGAAGAGUUUGAUGGAUCUCUCACUAGAUCAACAAAACGGGGAGGUGAAGGUGGUACAGGUUCAGCCACAGCCUAAGGUGAAGAAGAGUAGGAGAGGUCCACGGUCUCGGAGCUCUCAGUACAGAGGAGUCACCUUCUACCGAAGAACCGGAAGAUGGGAAUCGCAUAUCUGGGAUUGCGGGAAACAAGUCUAUUUGGGUGGAUUUGACACCGCUCAUGCUGCUGCUAGGGCCUAUGAUCGAGCUGCUAUUAAAUUCAGGGGACUUGAUGCUGACAUCAAUUUUAAUCUCGUUGAUUAUGAGGAGGAUCUAAAACAGAUGAAGAAUCUUUCCAAGGAGGAGUUCGUGCACAUACUCCGCCGCCACAGUUCCGGUUUCUCAAGGGGGAGUUCGAAAUACCGGGGAGUGACACUUCACAAAUGUGGCCGUUGGGAAGCUCGAAUGGGACAAUUCCUUGGGAAAAAGUAUAUAUAUCUUGGGCUAUUCGACAGCGAAGUAGAAGCUGCAAGGGCUUAUGACAAGGCAGCUAUCAAGUGCAAUGGAAGAGAGGCUGUGACUAACUUUGAGCCAAGUACAUAUGAGAGCGAGAUGAAACCCGAAGCUAUUAAUGAAGGUGGCAGUCACGACCUUGACCUCAGUCUGGGCAUAGCGACCCCAGGACAUGGUCCCAAAGAAAACAGGGGGCAUCUUCAGUUCCAGUCCAUCCCUUACAACAUGCAUCCUGGAAGAAGUUCAAUGAUGGAGACUAAUAUUAAUUCCGUUAUUGGUGAUCCUUCUUUGAAAAGACUGGUUGUAACUGAAGAGCGUCCUUCUGUGUGGAAUGCCGCAUAUUCCACUUUCUUUCCCAAUCUGGAAAGAGCAGAGAGAAUGGGCACAGAUCCUUCAAAAGGAGUCCCAAACCCCAACUGGGCGUGGCAAACACAUGGCCAGGUUACUGACACCCCAGUACCACCGUUCUCUACUGCAGCAUCAUCAGGAUUCUCAAUUUCAGCCACUUUUCCAUCAACUGCCAUCUUUCCAACAAAAUCCAUCAACUCAGUUCCCCAUAGCCUCUGUUUCACUUCACCCAGCACACCAGGUAGCAACGCACCUCAAUUCUAUAACUAUUACGAGGUGAAGUCCCCGCAGCCACCGUCCUAGCCUAUCUUGUAAUACAAGUACAAAUGGUUAAUCGAAACAACCUUUUGCGCUUAAAACUCAUCGUAUAAUUCUGUUACUGAUUGAUGUAUACUUAGAUACGACAUCUGAUUGCACUUCUUGGUUUAACAAACCAUUAUGCACAAAUGAUGUAUGAAGGAAAAAGCUCUUUUUGAGUGCUCCAUUUCUCUUAGGAUUAUUUUUUCAUCAAAAUUAGUAUCAAGUUGUCAGAAUUCGUGUAUUCACCCACCAAUUUUGUGAAUAUAUGCCUUUGUGUAUGCAACCCUGAAAAUGGGAGGAAACCAAAAUAUGUUGCAUUUUUCAUUGAAUAUUUCACAACUUGAUUUGACUA